GUCGUCCGACCGACGCAGAUGGACCGUGGACGCGCUAAAAACAGAACGCGAGCUAACUUUGGAAACGGUUAAUGUACUGCAGAUUUCCAUUCAAAAUAAAGCUCCAACUAAAUAUUUUUGAAAGUUAUGUGGCAGUGACCUUCAGUCGAUGUUGUUUCCCACAGAAGAAAGCUGCUUUUUUUUUCCUUUUGAGCUGGUAAAAACAUAGCUAGCUAACGUAGCAAGCUAACAGCUAAUGCUUCGUAGUUUCGUUUAUCAAAGCACACCUACAACACCGGUUAGUGAAGUCUUGUUACACUUCCUGGUGUUCUCUGCAAACAUUUACUUCAGAGAAUGACAUGACUUCAAGAUAUUUAGAACAUAAUCCAUAGACACAAUGAAGAGAAGAGCUGAUGCACCGCUUGCAUCAUUGCAGGGGACUAAGAGGCAUCGUGAGAAGAGCAGCUCAGAUGAAGAGUCACAAUCCAGACAAGUUUUGUCCUGUCCAGACUCGAGCCAAAAUGACUCCCUCAGUGAUCAAGAGGAUCAUAGACCUGGAUUCUCCAUGCCCUCCAUCUCAUCACCAUCCUUUGAUGCCCAAGACGAUGAUGACUCCUCUCAGGCGGCCUCAAAGUUCACAAUGUACAACAGUGUGUCACAGAGGCUCAUGGCCAAGAUGGGCUUCAGAGAGGGCGAGGGUCUGGGGAAGUUCGGCCAGGGCCGCAAAGAGAUUGUGGAGGCGUCCACCCAGCGCGGUCGGAGGGGUCUGGGUCUCACGCUGCAGGGGUUUCAAGGAGAGCUCAAUGUUGAUUGGCGAGAUGAGCCAGAGCCUAGUGCGACAGAGAAGGUGGAAUGGUUCCCAGAAUGCACCACAGAAAUUCCUGAUGCGGAUGAGCUGAGGGACUGGAUGGUUGUGGGACAGAGGAAACUCAAGAUUGAAGAUGAGACGGAGUUCUGCACAGAAGAUCUCCUGCACACACUUCUACGGUGUAAAACUGUGUUUGACAGUCUGGAUGGCGAGGAGAUGAGGAGAGCACGGACACGCUCCAACCCGUACGAAACCAUUAGAGGAGGCAUCUUCCUCAACAGGGCAGCGAUGAAAAUGUCCAACAUUGACCACUGCUUUGACAACAUGUUCACCAAUCCGAAGGAUUCUAACGGGUCACCUCUGACAAAGGACCGCGAGGACGAGCUGCUGUACUUUGGUGACGUCUGCGCGGGACCUGGAGGCUUUUCUGAGUACAUCUUAUGGAAGAGACGCUGGCACGCCAAGGGCUUCGGCAUGACGCUGAAAGGACCUUGUGACUUCAAACUGGAAGAUUUCUACGCAGCUCCGAGUGAGCUGUUUGAGCCGUAUUAUGGUGAGGGGGGAGUGGAUGGAGACGGUGACAUCACCCGGCCUGAAAACGUGACUGCGUUCCGUAACUUUGUCAUGGAGAGCACAGAGAGAAGAGGGCUCCACUUCCUCAUGGCAGACGGGGGUUUCUCUGUGGAGGGUCAGGAGAACAUCCAGGAGAUUCUCUCCAAACAGCUGCUGCUCUGUCAGUUCCUCACUGCCAUCUCUACAAUCAGGACAGGUGGCCACUUUGUGUGUAAAACCUUUGACCUCUUCACUCCGUUCAGCGUGGGUUUGGUCUACCUGCUCUACCUCUGCUUCGACAGGAUCUCGCUCUUCAAACCCGUCACCAGCCGGCCGGCGAACUCAGAGAGGUACGUCGUGUGUCGUGGUCUGAAACCCGGCUCCGACGCAGUCCGGGAGUACAUGUUCAGAGUCAACCUGAAACUGAACCAGGUCAGGAACUCGGACAGAGACGUUACAGAAGUGGUCCCGCUGCACAUCAUAAAGGACGACCCUGACUUCUACCAGUUCAUGGUCAACUCCAACGAGAGCCUCUGUGCCGUCCAGAUCAAGGCCUUGGCCAAGAUCCACGCUUUUGUCGUAGAACCGACGCUUUCAGAGCCGAGGCAAGCCAACAUCAGGAAGGAGUGUCUGAAGCUUUGGGGGGUACCAGAUAAGGCCAGAGUUGCUCCUCCUCCUUCUGAUCCCAGAACAAAGUUCUAUGAACUGAUUAAGAAUCCAGAUGUGGAGCUGCUCCAGAGUAAACUCACUCCCCUCAACUCCAGCUCGCUCGUUAAGCUGCGGCAGAUCUUUGACUACAGGUGCAUUGUGGGAGGUGGAGAGCAGAUCUUUCUCCUUGCACUGGGGAAGUCCCAGAUCUACACAUGGGAUGGGAAGAAUCCCGUUCGCUGGAAGAAGAUGGAGAACUUCAAGCUAGAGCUGCCGAGAGACACGCUGCUGAGCGUGGAGAUCGUUCAGGAGCUGAAGGGCGAGGGUAAAGCUCAGCGCAGGAUCAGUGCCGUUCACGUGAUGGACGCGCUCAUACUCAACGGGACGGACGUACGAGAUCAGCACUUCAACCAACGGAUCCGGCUGGCUGAGAAGUUCGUGAAGGCGGUGGCCAAGCCCAGCAGACCCGACAUGAACCCCAUCAGAGUGAAGGAAGUUUACAGGCUGGAGGAAAUGGAGAAAAUCUUCGUCAGACUAGAGAUGAAGAUAACAAAGAGUUCUGGAGGCGUCCCUCGUCUGUCCUACACAGGCAGAGACGACAGACACUUCCUCCCCUCCGGCCUCUACAUCAUUAAGACCUUCAAUGAGCCUUGGACAAUGGCAUACAGCAAAAACUCCAACAAGAAGUACUUCUUUAAUAAGCUAACCCAGAAAUCAACUUAUGACAUGCCGCCAGACGCUGCUGCUCCCUUCCACGUAUGCCAUUCUGAGCGGUUCUUCUGGGCCUGGGUGGAAGGGGUCAUAGUUCACGAUUCUCAGACCCGGAUGGACCCUGAGAAACUGUCCAAAGAAGACUUUUUAUCCUUCAUCCACCAGCACUACCAGCACUGAGGGACGUUCUGCUGCAGCAUGUGACGAGGCUGACGUUGCUGUUUCCUGAUCGGCUUUUGCAACUGAAAGACUUCACAUUAUAACAUUUUAUGUUGUUUGGUUUAAUGUUAAAUAAUAAACCAAUCUGUGAGCAUUGUGGAAAGAGUUAUUAGCCGACAGUCGCUGCUGUCCCUCGCAUGUCCCCGUAGACGAGUCAUUUCACACCAGUUCCUUUUUCAUUACACGCUACGUUGUGUGUUUGCACAGGUCACGUUUAAACAACACAUCAGCGUCCUGGUUACUGUACAGUCAGGCCCUUUUGAUCAGCCUCUCUGUUAAACAUUUCAUCACAUCAGUCCUGAUGCAGCAGCUCUCUGCCUGUUCAGACUAUCUGGAAUGAACCGUGUGUCAGAUGUGAAACUUUAAAAAGUUAGGUUUUAUUUUUUCUUUGGUGAUUGUGCCUCUUAUGCCUUGACGGUUGUUUUAAAUGCUGCAAAUUACCUGUUUUAUCCAUGUUACCUGACUUCUAGAAUCAUUAAAUGUAAAUACGGACAUUUUAAAUAAAGGAGAUGCUGUUCAAAUGA